UCAGUGCUGGGACUAUGUACUGUAUUGCAGUGUCCAUUGAGACCAAGUGCAUUACAAAACAAUGCAGGACACAUACUACCAAUGAUACUACACCAGUUGGAGCUGCUGUUGGCUGCUUAUAAGAAAGAGGCAGAAGGAGAAGCUGAAGAUGAGGAAGAUGAAGGAGUUCAAGAUGGUACCAUUGAGGAAGAAGAAGAUGAAGAUGAAGAACUUGACGAUGAAGAAGAUGACAAAAAGCAAAGAAAUCCUCUAGUACAGAAAAUAGGAGCAGCUGCCAGUAAAUUAGGUGAAGAAGAAGAGGAAGAUGAUGAUGAGCUAGGACUUGCACAGACAAUGCUAGAAAUCGAUUAUCAAACUUGUAUUGACGAUGAAGACAAUGUUGACGAGUACACUACCUUUAAAGAGACAUUCCAAGCUGUCCAGACAUCAGAUCCUGACUGGUUUGCACUUGUUGCUAGUUCCGUUAAUGAAGAAAUGACCCUCAAACUACAAAGCUUGUUUCUCACUGCCGACCAACGUAGAGCUGCACAAGAGUCAAGAAGGAGAGAGAGUGAAGGUGGAUAUACUUUUACAGUGACUAGUGUACCACAAACAUUUGCUUUUACUAAAUAACCCAAACUAUGGAUUUCUUAAUUAUUAUUAUUAUUAAUUUAUUGUUGUUCUUGUUAAUGUGAAGUACAUAUGUACAACAUAAUGUAAAGACUAA